AGAAAUUAGAAAGAACAUCAUAAGAUACAUGAUGUAAAACACAAAUAAAAAAUAAAAUAUCAUGAUUUACAUCAUAUCUAAUAAACUGAUUUUGCUAAUUGACAUAAGCACUAUAUAGAAAAGAUUAUAACCAUAACCCUCCAAAUUCCAAUCAGUGAAAUUUGCUGCGAUUACAAGGGAAUUAUCUCUCUCUAUAUACUACAGAUUACAAAUUAGAGAUCAUACAUUUCAUACUUCGAAUCUCAUUCCAGUUUUGUUUUCUAUUUAAAAGUUGGACUUCGAAUUAUUUGUAUUUGCAGCAUCAAUUCGAGUUACUUUUCGAGGAAAGAAAUUGAAGGAUUUUUUUUGGCGAUUCCAAAAAAUUGAAGGCAAACGCCAUGGAUCCUCAUCAUCAAUAUGGUGGAGGAAGCUGGAGUAUGAUCCCCAACAUUCCUACGCAUUCCAACUUAUCUACAUCCUCCACUCAAGAUCCUCUCUUUCUCUCUUCUCAACCCCAGCAACAGCAACAGUUUCAUAUACAACAACAAUCGCAACAAUUUGGCCUUCAUAAUCAUCAACAACAGCAAUUUCAGUCACCACAACACCAACAGUAUAUCCAACAAUCACCCCAACAACAACAACAACAAUUUGUUCAGCCUUCUCCCCAACAACAACAACAACAACAUCUACAACAACCGUUUGUUCAUCCCUCGCCACAGCAACAGCAGCAGCAACAACAGUUUGUUCAUCCUUCUCCGCAACAACAACAACAACAGUUUGUUCAUCCUUCACCGCAACAACAGUUUGUUCAUGCAUCACCCCAACAACACCAGCAAUUUGUGCAACAAUCACCUCAACAACAGCAGCAGCAGCAACCGCAGCAAUUUCAGCCGCAAACCCAGAGGUUUCAGCAGCAAUUUGUGCAGCAAUCGCCUCAACAACAGCAACAGUUUCAGCAACCUUCUCAAGUUCAACAGCAGUCAUCUCAACAACAACAACAGCAACCGCAACAAUUAGUGCAGCUAUCCCCACAACAAUUAGUGCAGCAAUCCCCACAACAAUUAGUGCAGCAGUCCCCGCAACAGUCACAGCAACAGCAAUUGCAAUCACCAACACAGCAGCAGCAGCAUCAGUCGCUUGCUUCUCACUUCCACCUCGUAAAUUUGGUGGAAAAUCUAGCUGAUGCAAUUGAGAACGGGACCCGGGAUCAGCAUGCUGAGGCUUUGAUUGGUGAGCUGAAUAGCCGCUUUGAGAAGUGCCAACAGCUUUUGAACUCUAUUGCAGGAAAAAUAAAUUCAAAAGCCAUGACUGUAGAAGGGCAAAAGCACAAGCUGGAAGAAAGCGAGCGAUUGCUUAAUGAAAGGAGGGAUUUGAUUUCCAGUUAUAAAAACUCUGUGGAAGAGUUGAUUCAGUCAAAGCCUUGAUACGUGCUCAAACUCCAAAUCUGGCAUCGGAUUCUAUUGGUGCUCUUAUGUGCAAUAAAUCAUCGUCAACCAGGGGUGCUUCCAAGCUCAGAAAAUAAAUCCCCACAAUCUCUGAAUGUUGCUAGCGGAGCUUGAAACGUUGGUUCAUAAUUGCAGAAGCCCUCGAUCUUGGAAUUUUUUGCCUUAUUGAAUCCCUUAGACCCUUACAAAAUACAGCCUAAGCGUUUGAUCUGAUGAAUUGUGGUGUUUGUAAAGAUUCACUGUAUUAGGUCGACACUUUCCCUGAACUGAGGCAGCUUCUUGUUCCAGUUCUGUUCCUUUCAAGUUUCAAUAUUCUUGUUCUGUAGAUUAGAUAAAUUUAGCUGCAGUACAUUCAUAAUUGCUUGGACCUAAUGUUCUUGGUAUUCUUGCAAACAAUAUUUAUAUAAUCCACUGAAGUUCCGUCUCAAA